AUGUUUUCGUUUCUUAAUAAACUUCCAUGUGAAAUUUAUCAUAUCAUUUUCGAUUAUUUUUGGGCUCAUGAAAUAUUACAUUCAUUUCUUAAUAUCAAUGAUUAUAUCGAUAGUAUUCUAUUCAAUUAUCAGAAUUAUAAAAUCAAUGGUCAAUCAAUUCGUAAGUCUCAUUUAGAUCUUAUUUGUCAAAAAAUUCAACCAAAUCAAGUUACUUCAUUAAUUUUAUCGAAUGAUAAUCAUACACCAAAUCAAUCUGAAUUAUUUCGAUCUAGAGUUUCAAUUGAACAAUUUACACGAUUACGAGCAUUUAAAUCUAUUGAAAUAGAUGAUGAAGGUGCAUCAUACUUUAUAGAUUAA